AUGUUACUUAAUUCGGAAGCGGUUGAGAAAAAAUUUGAUAUUGAACAAAGUAACUUACUGACGACAUCAUUUAAACAUCGAAUAGAUGGGGCUGUUAUUAGAAACUACGGUAAUUUACUUAUAAACUUAAGUAGAACUGUACCUGAUAAUAUAGUUGCAUUCUUUCCUUCUUAUAUUUAUAUGGAAGAAAUUGUUUCUAUUUGGAGUAAAACUAAUAUUAUUAAAGAAAUUGUAAAAGGAAAGCUAGUGUUUAUAGAAACACCAAAUUUAAAUGAAACUAAUAUUGCCUUAAGAAAUUUCCGUAAGUGUGGAGAAAAUGGUAGAGGAGCCAUAUUAUUUUGUGUGGCUAGAGGAAAAGUAUCUGAAGGAGUUGAUUUUGAGGGUUGUUACGGUAGAGCUGCUGUUAUGUUAGGUGUGCCUUUUAUGCAUACAGAAAGUGUUAGAAUUAAUGAGAGACUUAAAUAUUUAUUUGAUGAGUAUGGAAUUGAAGAGUAUGAUUUUUUGCUAUUUGAUGCAAUGAGACAUGCUGCACAAUGUUUAGGAAGAGUUAUUCGAAAUAAAAAUGAUUAUGGUUUGAUGAUAUUAGCUGAUCAUAGAUUUAAUGCUAAAGAUAAAAAAGAAAAUUUACCUAAAUGGAUUAAAGAGAGAAUUGAAGAUGGUAAUAUUGGUUUAAGUAUUGAUAUGGCAGUGAGUAUUGCAAAACAUUUCUUCAGAACAAUGGCACAACCAUUAGAAUCUAAUGAAACAACUUUAAUUAAUGAAAAAGAUUUAACUAAAAUAUUUGCUAAUAAAAAGUAG